AUGGACGAGCAUGAACAGAAGGGAGAAGGGAGAGGAACCGCCGGCGAAGAGCAAACGAGGCGUGAGGCUGGCCGCUGGACAGACAGACAAGCAGACAAGCAGAAGACAGAGAGACAGGCAGAGACGGCGGCGCGGAGGGCUCAUAAAGGAAGAGGCAAAGAGGUAUCUGGCGAGAGGGCUGCGUUUCCUGGCUGGCUUCCUGGCUGCGUCGUCCAACGGGGGCUGCAUGAGGACGGCCAGGUUGGGCCACACUGGGUGCGCGCGCAGCUGCAGCGAGCCAAGGGACAACAAGCUCAUCCUGUUUGUUUGUUUGUUUACUGCCGGGCUAACUGGCUAGCUAGCUGGCCAGCUGGUGGGAGGUCGCUGGCUGACGGCCGCUGGCAUGAUCGGCGAGCAGGUGUUGCUGUCGUGGUGGCGGUCGACGGAGGACAGACAGCAUGGAUGGCAUGGCAUGAGCCAGCAGACGACGAGACGGCAGGAUAUACGAAUACAUUGGGCGGGCUGUUGACGAGACGGACAGCAUGA